AUUAACUAGCAUCUCACUGAUCGGCUCCUAUAGCGAUCUCGAUAUCCUGGCCGAUUCAUCCCCGCUAUCCAGUGUAUUCCAGUCUCGGUAUACUCUUUGAAUUACUGUAUCCAGAACGACGCGUGUUAUAAAUUUUUGAUCAGCCAGCCCGAAACGACUGUUUUGCAACGCGGUCAGCUCAAAAUGCCUCCCAAGAAACAGAAAUCGGAUGCGGCAUUGACCAAUGCCCAAGAAGAAGAGAUGAGCUCUGCUCUGAUUGCUCAGUUACUAGCUGAGGAUGGCAUGGAAAACGAUACUGGAGGGUAUUAUGCCGAAUAUGGCAACGAUCGAGGUGUAUACGAUCAAUACCGCAGACACGACACAGAUGAUAGCUACGAAGAAGAAAGCGAAGAUGACUAUAGGCCCAAACCAGGAAAGCGAGGACGUGGAGGGAAACGUGGAGGUUCCAGUCGAGGAGGAGGUGCACCUCGAGGUAGGAAACGAAAAGCCAUUCCAUCUACAGCGGAGGAUGAGCAGCCCGACCCAACAACUCCUGUCAAACACGAAAUUAGCACCGAAGAAAUUUCCAUUGUCACGGGCCACCAAGAUCUGGCGGAAAAGAAGGAAAAAAAGCCUAAGAAGGCAUUGGCAGAAGGAAUGAAAACAGGCACGUAUGAUGCUGACGAGGAGGCAAGAUUCUUAGAAGGUCUAGAGUUAUUUGGACGGGAAUGGACAAAGCUUGCAGCUCAUAUAGGGACUCGAGAUCCCAAUUCUCUUCGUAGCCAUGCUCAAAAGCAUUUUAUCAAAUUGUAUCGCGACAAUAUACCUCUUCCUGACAAGGUAAAAUUAACUGGCCUAGGCUAUACACUCAGUGGAAAAGAACUGGAUCCCAAUUCUGCUGCAGCCAAACCAUACUUGGCACGUCACUCAUCAGAAAAUGAGAAGCCGGCGGUCCAAGAAUCGGACAAUCGGGUUUCGCUAUCCACAAAAGACCAAGAUGAAAACAGGGUUCAGGAUCUGUCAGUGGGCGUAAUGGAUCUGUCACCACUAGAAAACAAGCCCAUCACCACUACUCCUGCUGUCACCACAGGCCCUCCUACAUCAAAAAAGCAAAAAACCACCACCCCUAAUCACGCACGGUUUCAAGAGGCCAUCUACGAUGAAGAUGGCCGUACCAGCUAUUCCAAGUCACGAUUACGACAACCGCGUGAAAGAAGUUCUAUUAGUUAUUCACAACUGAAUGGUGAUACUGACCCACUGACAAUGAUCAAGUGUGAACCUUUUUGUGGCAAGCCGGCUUCUGGUGUUGCUGGGUGCCAACCUUUUGAAAUGAAAAUGCAUUCCAAUGUCCUUGUUGCCAUGGAUUUCCAUGCUCAUUUAAUGACGACUGAAGUGAUUGGGUUCCUUGCUGGUCAAUGGAAUAAGGAGACCAAACACAUGGUCGUUCAGGCAGCUUACCCAUGCCGCUCCCUAAACACUGGACAAAAUGAUGUGAACGUGGAAAUGGACCCCACCAGUGCGAUUGAAGUUCGUCAGCAAAUUGAAGACCAGAAUAUGCAAGUGGUUGGGUGGUACCAUUCACAUCCAACGUUUGUACCUGACCCUAGUCUCAUGGAUAUCGAAAAUCAAAAGAGUUACCAAACACAAUGGCGAGACGAGCAUACGCUUGAACCUUUUGUUGGCGCCAUUGUAGGUCCGUAUGACCCUAAGCUACCUGGUUCAGUGUCGGUUAUCAAUUGGUUCUACUUGGAUAGUGAUCGAAUCAUUCCCAAACGACUCACCUAUGACAUUGAAGAAGACCACGGCAUUACCGUCCAAGAAAGCGAUCGUAUGGUAAAAAAAAAAAGCCCUUUUGCGUUGUUCAUUUGGGGGAGGGGGUUCCCUCGCUUCGCCUUCCUUCAUCGGGAGAAAGGAAGAAACCUUGUGACGGGUUGCCUGUCCCCCCCCCAAAAAAAAUGGGCUUGCUUGAGCCAAAAUGAAAAAAAAAAAAACUAACUUGGUGUGCUGAUAUUUAGUUUGCUCUGCUCGAUGAAUACGUUCAAUCUCCA